AUGUCAACAUCAAUACAAACUCGACAUAUGAUUGAUCGCAUUGAAAAUGAAGCUUUUCUUAGCACACCAGUGAAAAAAGCUUUAUGUACAUUGUACGAAAAUCAAAUAAAAGGACCUGAUCAACAACAAGAUGAACAACAAUAUAAACGUGAUCAUCAAAUACAAGAUUUAUAUUAUCAAUUAAAAACGAAUCUUAAUAAUUGGAAAAAUAAAUGGUUAAAAUUAGUCAUUGAUGUACAACAAUUUGAAAAAGCAUUUGGAGAACUUGUGGAUUAUCUUGAGUCCAGUUUUAGUAUUAUAUCCACGAUUUUCGAACAUAUUUCGAAAAAGACAAACGAUGUUGAAAAAGAAAAUGAAGAAUUAAGGAAAAAUUUACAAAAAAUUAAAUAUGAAACUGAAGAAUUAAAAACAAGACUCAAUCAAAUAGAAAUAAGUGAAAAGAGAAGAGUUGAAAAAGAAAAAAUUCUUGAAAAACGUAUACUCAUUCGUGAUUUAUUUCUCAUGGCUCACAAAAAAAUACAUGAAGAAAAAAAGAAACGUGCAUUACCAAAAAAUAUAUUAAGUAUCGUUUCAAACAACCAUCCACCAGCAAAUAAUCCAAAAGUAUUUCGUGUUGGCGAUAAAGUAUUGGUAUUAUUGAAUGAUGCUAAUUUAUAUCCAGCAAGAUUAAUCAGAUUUGGUUUAAAAAAUGAAUGGAUGAUUGAAUUUGAUGAUAAAACACAAGCCAAGCAAUGGGUAUCACCAAAUCGAUUAUGGGUGUGGGUACGGGAGUCGGCGGAAGGAAGCACCCGCCGGUAUUCUUUUUAUCUACACCCACACCCACCCACACCCACCCCCACCCCACACCCACACCCUAUUUUAUUACUUACUUAAUUCUAUUUAAUUUUCUAACUAUUGUUUUUGUACAAAACUCUAUUUUUCGUGUAACUUUCUAUCAGAAAAAUCUCAUUAUCUACCCUUCACAUAAAAAUGAAAAGAUUUAGCCACAUGUAAAAAUGAAACGAUCGUUUUCUUCACAUAUUUUUCUUUUUUGUGAAAUCAACUAUCUUUUGAACAUUAUUCAAUAAACCCUUGUUUUAAAAUUGAUCAAAAAAGAAAAUAAAACUUUGUCAGAUAUAGUUAAACCGCUGAUAUGUUGUAGAGAAAAUUCAGGUGAACAACUUUUGUUCCAGAAUAAUAGGCUAAUUUUGAAAUUCGGUAGCAUAUUUAGGCGAAAUUACGGAAAAUUAUCUAACUUCCAUGUAUUUUACAUAGGCCCGUUCUAAUUUGGGGCAACUUUUACAUUACCGUUCUAAUUAUGUGCAGUGCACUUAUUUAGAACGUUUUUACAUCUAAUCAACGAAGCUAGAUAAGCGUAUAUCUAAACAAGAGAAAAAGAUAUCAGGCUGAACCUUUGUAGACAGAUAGAGAAAAAUAUAAGGAAUAACUUUUCUACCGAACACGUGACUUAAUUUUGAAGUUAUAAGCAGAUAUUACAUGUUUUUCUCAUUAUGCCCAUUUUUCUAUGUACUUCUGCUGGAUCGUUCUAAUUUGGGGCAAAUUUUACAUUAGCGUUCUUAUUGGGGAGAUUGCACUUAAAUAGAACGAUGCCAGUCAAGUUCAUUCUACCGCUUAUAAUCUGGUCACUUUUCAAUAUUUUUAGAAUUUUUUUUCAUCAAUAGAUAGAAAAAUAUUUUUUCUACUGGGUUGUAAAAUUUCAGCUCAUUUACUUAUUUUUUCAUCGAGAUAUUAAAGUCGAAACAUGAUAACAAAAAAGUACCGUUCUAAUGAGGGGCAUGCGCUCUACGUAAUGAAUGAGCAGACACGACGUAUAUACAUAAUGAAUGGACAUAUAAGACGUACAUAUAAAUGCUUUAUAUAUGUAUACUGUUUUUUUCGUUCUGUGACCAAUCAUAUGUAAGUUCCCGGAGAACUGAAAAACACUUGUACAUUAUAAUAUAGAUUCUUAAGUAUUUGUUAUUAUCAACGGUAUCAUGUAGAAUUCGAGAGCUUUUUUUACAACGUCAUUUGAAAAACAAGCUUUGUAUAAUUUUCUAUGCAUUGUUAGAUUAAUGUGAGGUAACUUAUGCAUCCUGUUUUUUUACGAAGACUUCAUCACAUAAAAUAAAAUCUAUCUACUUCGAUUUAUGCAAUUACUUUAGCCGAGCAGACGAACAUAACAAUAUGAAUAAUAAGGACCACGUUUGAUUUCAACAGAACGUGAUAUCUUUUAGUUGUUUACAUCAUAAUGGGAUUCACAUUGGAAAAAAUAAUUUUGUGCCUAAAUUCUAAUCAUUCAACUUCAUUUUACAAGACAGAUCUAUUUUGGUUUCAUUGAUAUCAAAUUUUAAUUAAAGUAUAGUUUUUUCCUCUAAUAUACAGGAAAUGUUACUUCUUAAAUCAUUUUUCGCUGUUAUUUCGAUAGAUCCUUUGUACUAUUUUAGCAUCUUCGAAUGCUAACCGUUUUUUUUGAGAGAGAAGAAACAAGGUUAGGUUAGUUGCCUAAGAUAUACAGUUUAUCUCAAAAAUAAAUAAGAUUUAUCUUCUACUGAAAAAAGAUGAUGACGCUGUCAAUUAUAGACAUUCAAUAUUUGUUGAAAAACUUAUAAAUUUAGCACUAUUAUAAAGAAAAAGAUCCUUUUCGAUUCGAGAAUUGCAAACCGACUAUCAAUAUCAUACAAAAAAUAGCUUUUCGGUUGCUAUUAUGUGUAAUUUUAUCAGAGCCGCAUAUUUCAAUAGACGUUUAAGCGGUUAAAUUUACAAGAAUGUUUUUGACUGUUUCGCAAAAAAAAGUUUGAUAAGCAAACAUUAAUAAUCCAUAUAAAUUUUUGAAGUUAUAAACAUUUUUCAAAUCAGUUUAAAACUCAAAAAAAACAGAGUCCGUAAUUGUAAAAUGGUCAAAAUUAUUCAUUAAUGAAUUAUUAUUCGUUUUAACGGCCAUUUCACCAUUAUUUAUUUGGAAAGAUGCAUUUUAAUGGUCGAAAUAGUCUAGCUACAAGUAAUAAGGCAUUUUAAUGACCAUUUCUUCAUUAUUCACUUGACUGGGAUAUGUUGGCAUCGUGCAUAUUUCAGAUCGAAUCUAGCACUACGGAAUUAAAUUAAAUUCUUUCAACGCCAUAAUUAUGCUCUUCUGAAUUCUGCAAAUAAGAACCAAGAGAAAAAAAACGAAAUUUUCUAAACAAUGAUCUACAUGCACAUUUAGAGAUUUUGAGGACUUCUUCUAAACUUAAGCCACUGACGAAUUACACCAAUACAAAAUGUUGAUACUGUCAGUUGAUAGAGCUAAGAGAGCUGCAUCUAUGGUGAAAUUUUCAGACAAAUAGGCUGGCACAGUGAGAAAAUAUUCAUACGUCAUUUUUCGGAUGGCCAUCGGCCAAUGCUAUAUUCGAACAACAUAGCCUUUCUUGGUAUAUGAGCUGGAACAAAAACAAUAACUAAUUAGUGCAUCUUAUAGUCCUUGAAAAGUGUAAACAACUAUCAAUUUAGAUUUAAAAAAAAACAUUUUAUCAAAUAUGGAUAGUCAAAGUAUAGUGUUGGGUGUGUGUCUGAUGAAAUCACUAAUUGGGUCCUCUGGAAAACUGUAGUGUUGCCUGCAAGAGUCUGUCAUUGUGUUUUAAUUUUGAGUACAAAUAGUAGAGAUAUAUGACGAAUACGAGUCGAAUGAAUGCUUAAAAUAUGCUACUGAUACUGGUAGUCGGUCAAGUUCGGUUAACUUUUCCGCUAAUUGUUUCUCCUUUUGAAUAAAACACCAGGCGGUGCAGUUCUUGAUGGACUUUCAGAAUAUGCAAGUAUAUCGUUUUGGCACGAAGUGACUCUGGCCGGCAAGGUUGCUGAUACUCCUUGAUGACUAAGUCCAAUGACAGCAUGACACAUCAUUGUCAUCAUCCUUGCCAAUCUCAGAGUAUGUUUGAGGAUUCAUGUAAGAGAGUAUCUCUAGAAGUAUUGCACGACUUGAACGAUCCCAGUACUGCAGAUUAAAUCGCAAAAUAAGACAUAUCUGUAAAAAAAUGAAAAAGGAAUCAAUUUUUUCAACGGUGAACUCUAGUAUGACACCUUGUCAUUUCCCGUGUUUUUCAGAACGAAGUCAGAAGAGAAAAAGACUGAAACAUUGGAUGUAGAAGUUUCACACCACGGGCUUGCCUUCAAGAGUCUAAACCGAACAUCGAAUAUCGACCUCCGACCAGUCCCAUACUAUAUAUACGUUGGUAUUCUGAUGAACCUUCUCUUCAGACAACGUUAUUCCACCGGUGCUGGAACGUCUUCUAUUAAAAAUUGUCACAUCAUGAUAUUGAGAAGAAAAGAGAAACAAUAGAAAUAAGACAUUAGUCGAGAUAGGUGACUUUUUCUUUAAAGAGAAGUCUACAGCACGAAGAAUCUACUACGAUUAACGUACAUAAAGAAAAAACCAAGAAAAUGUUCAUCAGAAGAAAUCGUCAUUCAGUGGACAGAAUGCUUGUUCUUGUGGUGAUCGCUCUUGACAGCAUGCUCUUGUUCCUUGAUUUUAGCUUUGCCAGCAUCGAGUGCUGCAUCAACGCGUUCACCCGGCUUCACGGCUGGAUCUCUGGCUUUCUCGACUUUUUCUUGUACCUUAUUGCCUUGCACUGUCUCCUUGACUUUUUCAAUACCAGCUUUGAUUGGUUCCAUCGUUCGAUUUCUAUAAAGAAAAAACAAAAAAUUCUGAUUGCUUCUGAGACAUGAAUAGAAAGAUUCUACUUACUUAGCUAAUCGUGAGAGUAGUAACAGCAGUUGUUUGAAAUGAAUGUGAAUGUACACUGGUGAUAGAACUUGCCUUUAUAUAUGGUGCUCCGAAGGAAAGAACAUUUUUUCUUUUCUUUUUUUUUCUCUCUCUUUUCUUUUUUUCUCUCUCUUUCCUUCAUUUUGCUCUAGCUGCGUCUAGUCAUCCUCGCUGUCGCUUCUUUCUACGCAGUAUAGAAAGUAAGAGAACGAGGUUCAUCAAGCACAGAAAUAUACGAGAUACUUGAGUGGGUUGUGCUAUUUGUGAGCAAAGUCCACUUUCGAAAAUUGGAGAUAAGAAAAAAAAGUGAGUGUGUCUUCGAUAGAUACUGCUCAGUGUGAUACUAAAGAAUGGGAUGCCAAGCAAGCACCUCUUUACUUUCACUAAUAAAUGUCAAAUCAUCCAAGAGGUGAAGAGAAAAUGAGUCAGACGUACGUUCCAUUGUGGAAUUCAGCGAUAUUACUUUAUUUUUAUUCUUUUUAUAAAGAAUACAUACAAAUAAAAUCUUUAUUUUUAUACAAUAUAGAUAAAUAAAUUCUUUAUUUUUGAAAAAUAAAAAUAAAUAAAUAAAUGGAUCUUUAUUAUUUAAAAAAUAAAGAUAAAGAAAAUCUUUAUAUAUAUAUAAAAUUAAGAUAAAGUGAAUAUUUAUAUUGAUAAAAUAAAGAUAAAUGAAUUCUUUAUUUUCAAAAAUAGAGAUAAAAUAAAUAGUAAAGAGAUUUUUUUCUAUGAGUAUAUAAUUUUUAAUUUUUUUACGAAGUAGCUCAUAAAGAAUGAUGAUACUAUAGAUAUAAAUAAAAUGUACAACAAAGUUUUUUGCAUGUGUUUCCCCUUCAUCAACUUCGUUUUUUAAUAAGAUCCUAUAUUGAAGUGAUGCCAGUGAUUUGAAAGACUAUUGAUUAACGUAUUUUUUGGCAUCCUAGGCAUUUGCCUGUUUACCUAUCACAGGAAAAAAGUCUUUCUUUAUUCUUUCUUUUAUCUUUACUUUAUAUGAAUAACAAUUUUAUUAAUCUUUAUUUUAUAAAUAUAUAGAUUGUAUUUAUAUUUAUUUUAUAAAUUGACCAUAAACUAACACCCCUAGUUGAAUUUGCUUUUACUUGGAGUUAAUGAAUACAUUUGAAAGAACACAUGUUUAAAACAAUCAAAUCUCAUUAGACAUUUCAUUUCACUCUUUUCUUUGAAUACAGACUAAUUUUUUCAAAUCGAAAGAUAUGUUCAUCAUCCAAUUCUACAGCAGUUCCAUCAAAUUACCUUUGCAAAGCAUCUAUAAAAUAAAAUUAAGAGAGGGUCCACGAGAAAAUCGAACAUUUUUCACUAGGGUCAUACUCUCGAAAAAUUUGAUCCCUAUAUUUUAUGAUUGAAAAUGAAAGAACAAAGUGAGAAACGUAUAAAUCCAAAAUUUUAGCUCAUUCUGACUCACCGAUAAAAAGUUAUGAAGUACAAACUGAAAGCACCCUCAACAGGUUUUGAAAAAUUUGGUAAGUCAGUAUUUGGUCAUUUUUCCACUGAGAAUUCUCACAAUCUUUUUGAGUAAUAUACCAUCUGAUAGAGCGAGUUUCGCUCUACAAAACUGCAUAUGUCAUCUUCUCCUCACUCUCAAUUUUGUAGGUACAACAAUUGCGAAACUAAAUCAACUCUACUGCUUUUUUCGCAUUUUUGUCUUGUUCUCUUUUUCAUUGCAAGCUAUAUUUCUAUGUUAAUUCUAACGGCACCAGAAAUUUUUUUAUGGUUUUGGAUAGUGCAGAGAAAGAGCUAUCAAAUGAAUAUUAAAUGAAUGAAAUCAAAAUAGCACACAGUGUUCAUCCAAGCCACAAAAGAUAUUCGACUACUAUCUUGAAAACCAUAUUUUUCAUUAUUUUUCUGCACCAUUUAUGUAUAUGUUAGCUCUGACUUUUCUUCCAACUAGGAAUCGAAUUGAGAUUUAUUUUGCACCAUUAAAAAAUUCAUAAGAUAGGUUAUUCAAAAAUUUUGAAAGUCACUUAUAUCAUAUGGAUUACCCAGUCAGACAAGACUCUUAAAAAAACGCGUUAAAACACGUUAGAAUUUCGUUAAAACGCCGUUUUAACGAUAGCGCACCGUUAAUACGGCGCUUUAACGAUUUCUUGAACGCGUUUUAACACGUUACCAUAUCUAAACGUUAAAAUGUGUAGAUUUUUCUGUGGAUUUACGCGUUUUUACCCGUUCACAACUAGUAUUUUACGUGUUUGUACACCUACUUUUCUUAAUGGAUUUUCGUAAGUCUAACAUUCACUCGUUAAUUCUGCUUUUUUCUGAAGUAAUUAAGCACAUUUUAGCUGGUUUUGUAUUAAUGAGAUUGAAAGCUUCUGCUUAUGUCACUUCAACAAGUGGCAAUUAUAUACUAUGUAAUGUAAAAAUCGCAGUAUAAUUCUUUUUUUCUAAAAAAUAACCUGCUAGAAAACUGAUCACUUAAAUAUAUGAUAUGUUAUGAAUUAUUUACACAUGGGUUGUUUUUAUCUUUUUUUUGUCUGUGUACAAGUUUUCAAAGCAGCUUUUAAAUUAGUUAUUUUAGAUGAUAAAUGUUUGUUUUGCUUUUCUAAUUCUCGAUAUUUAAUUGAACCUAGAAUAUUCACCGUAUGUAUUCGAACACCUGUGUUUGUUGAUGAUCGAUUUUCACGUGUUUGAAUAUUUCUAUCAAAUAAUCGAAUAAUUGAGCGGCCAAUGUCAAAACCAAAGAAAUAAUACUUGACGAUGAUAACCACAAUUGAGGAAAAAGCAUUUAAAGCUAUUUGUAUUUUGACUAAAAUUAUCAUGAAUAGGAUUGCUAUCGACAACCGGUGUGCUAAAUGUAAUGCUACUAAAACAAAUAUUGAUUUUGAAAUUAACACAUUCAACCCGAUGUCGC